AUGCGCUCUUUGAUUCCAGUUCAACAAGCUGGUGCUCGUAGAUUGCUCACUCGGUCGAUUGGUGUACAAACAAUGAGUGCCACGAAAGCUUUAUUCUUUGCUGAAAAAAUGCUGGCUCACAGUUCCUUGUCCACGAAGAAUCCACUGUCCGAUGCUCGUAGCCUGAGUUCUCUUAUCACGCCACCUUUGCUCAGCCCAAAGAUCAGUGUUACUUCCUUUCCUUUCUGUAUGUGUUUAUUUUUCAUUUUCCUUUUUUUUUUCUUUUUUGUUUCUUUUGUUUAUUUCCUUUUUUCCUUUCUUUCUUUAUUUUCCUUUCUUUCCUUCUUUCUUUCUUUCUUUAUUUUCUUUUCCCUUUCUUCCUUUCUUUCUCUAUUUUCUUUUCUUUCCUUCUUUCAUUUCUUUACUUUCUUUUCAUUUCCUUACUUCCUUCCUUUCUUUUUCUUCUCUGUUUCUUUUCUUUCUUUUUGUUUCUUUCUUUUUGUUUCCUUCCUUUCUUUUCUUUUCCUUCCUUCCUCUUUUUUUCUUUCUUGCUUUCUUUUCUUUUCCUUUCUUCCUUUCUCAUUCUUUCUUUCUUGCUUUCUUUUCCUUUCUUUCUUCUUCAUUUCCUUUCUUUUUCUUUCUUUCUUUUCUUUUCUUUUUUCCUUUCUUUUUUCUUUUCCUUCUUUCCUUUCUUUUCUUUUUUCUUCUUUCUUUCUUUCUCUUUCUUUCUUGCUUUCUUUCUUUUCCUUCCUUUUUCCUUUCUUUCUUUCUUCUUGUUUUUCAUUUCUUUUCUUUUUCUUUCUUUCCUUUUUCUUCUUUCUUUCUUUAGUUUUCUUUUCUUUCCUUUCUUUUUCUUUUUUCUUCUUUCUUUCUUUUCUUUCUUUUUCGUUUCUUUCUUUUUCUUUUCCUUCCUUUCUUUUUCUUCUUUCUUUCCUUUUCUUUUUCUUUUUUUUCCCUUUCUUUCUUCUUGUUUUUGUUUCCUUACUUCCUUUCUUUUUUCUUCUUUCUUUACUUUUUUCUUUUUCUUUCCUUUCUUUCUUUUUCCUUUCUUUUGUUCCGUCUUUUCUUUUUUUCUUUCCUUUCUUUUCCUUUUUUCUUUAUUCUUUCUGUCUUUCUUUCUUUUCCUCUCCGUCUAUAUUUCUUUCUUUAUUUCUCACAUGUCCUGUUAGACUAUUUAAACUUUUUCCCUUAUAUCCAAACUAUUAG